CUCAUUCCCCAUAAUCUUUUCAGUAGUAUAUAGCCAUCCACACUAGAAAGUUUGGGAUAUUGUGCCAUUCACCUGGCAACUCUUCUACUCCCCACCUCGAACAUACCAAUCUGUACUAGAUAUCAUGCCUCUCCCUAAGUGAAUUAAAUCUGCUAAGCAAUGAGUGGCUAGUGAGUGAGUGCAAACUUGCCUUAAUGAAUGUAUCUAACAACCUAGACCAUGUUUUACAUCCACCUACCCCAGACAUUUUGGGACAUCUUGCCACACUACACAUUCUGCCCUUCUCCACCCAUUCUUUCUACCUAACAGUAUCUACCUACCUAACAGUAUCAAAUCAAUCCUGCUAUUGCUUCUGAAAAGUACGUUGACAUUGGACUGCACUUUGACUGUUCACCAUUCCUUUGACUCUCCAACCUUUCCCUGGCACUCUGCUGUAUGUGUUGUUCUCCCAUUUGAUGUAAACUCCUUGAGGGCAAUUACUGUCUCAUUUCUGGAUUUAUAUCUAUAGUGCCUAGCACAGUGUCUGUCACAUAGUGGGCACUUCAUACAAUCUCUUUCAUUUAUUCAUUUGAAGAAUUAUGCUUCUGUUCCAUAGUCUUGGAUGCUGUGCUUCAAUUAAUGCAGCUGAAGUUUGUGUUACCACUUUCAGAUCUUUUUCAGAUUCAUCCUGAUGUUCUAAUCUGUGGUAUUCCAGUGAUGCAGCCAAAAUGUGGAUGCUUUUCUAUUGAAUAUCAGUACAGUGCCAUAUUACAACAAACCAAGCCAGAGUCACUGUCCUUCAGAAUAGUCCUGCAGUGAAGAAGAUAUGUCUUCCAAAGGAAAGAAUACUGAGCACACAAGCCCUGUACUGAGAAUAAGUCAACUGGAUGCCCUGGAACUGAACAAAGCCCUGGAACAAUUAGUUUGGUCCCAGUUUACUCAUUGUUUUCAUGGAUUUAAGCCAGGGCUCUUAGCCCGGUUUGAACCUGAGGUAAAAGCAUUUUUGUGGCUUUUCUUAUGGAGAUUCACCAUUUACUCCAAGAAUGCCACUGUGGGACAGUCAAUUAUGAAUAUCCAAUACAAGAAUGAUUUUUCUCAAACUCAGAAAUAUCAGCCACUAAGUAAAAAUCAAAAGUUAUGGUAUGCUGUUUGCACAAUUGGAGGAAGGUGGUUAGAAGAAAGAUGUUAUGAUUUAUUCCGUAACCACCAUUUAGCAUCGUUCUAUAAAAUCAAACAGUGUACUAAUUUUAUUGUUGGGCUUUUGAAAGUAAGUAGUUUGGUUAAUUUCCUGAUUUUCCUUCAAAAAGGAAAGUUUGCUACAUUGACAGAGCGUCUCUUAGGUAUUCGAUCUGUAUUUUGCAAACCCCAAAACAUCCGAGAAGUUGGCUUUGAGUACAUGAACAGGGAACUUUUGUGGCAUGGUUUUGCAGAAUUUCUGAUCUUUCUCUUACCACUUAUUAAUAUCCAAAAGUUGAAAGCCAAACUGUCAUCUUGGUGUAUCCCCAUCACAGGUGUUCCUAACAGUGAUGAUACAUUAGCCACCCAUGGCAAAGAAUGUUCCCUUUGUGGAGAGUGGCCCACUAUGCCUCAUACCAUAGGUUGUGUACAUGUGUUUUGUUAUUAUUGUGUUAAAAGCAGCUACUUGUUUGACAUGUACUUCACUUGUCCUAAGUGCGGCACAGAGGUGCAGAGUCUGCAGCCACUAAAGUCAGGGAUCGAAAUGUCAGAAGUAAAUGUUCCUUAGAAACAGAAUCCACCUUCUUUAAGCAAAAUAGGUAAUACUUAAGAAUGCAUGUCAGAGUCACCAUUUCAAAUCUCUCUAAAGACAUAAUUAAGACACUAAUCCCUGGAAGCUACAUUAUGUCAAAUUUAUUGUGUAAAUUCUACUACAUCUCGAAAAUAAAAGUAUCAUUAGUUUGAACUUAACCAAUUUUAGAUUUUUUUUUAAAAAACAAUUCCAUUUGAAAUAAGGAUUUGUUUUUGGCUUAUGCUCAAAGUGAUUUAAUGGCUGCUUGCUUACUUUCCUGAAUAACAACUAGUAAGAAUGUUCUUUCCUGCAAAGAAGUUGAGCUAUAAAAUGUACCCUAAUAGCAUGUGGAUGCCUUUGUAAUAUCUUUGGGUCACAGGGUCAUAUUUAGAGAUGGACAGAACUUUUCAGCUCACAGGAUCAUAGAUGGAAUGGCCCUCAGAAGCCUUCUAGACCAAUUCUUUCAAGAUUGCUAAGCAACCCCAGGAAAGUUAAGUGUCUUGCCUGAGGUCACAUAGACAGUAUGUAUCAGAAGACAUGUUUGAACCAGGACCUGUGACUCCAAAGCUAGUUCUCUUUGCACUGUAUGACACUGCUUCAUAAAUCAUCUCAUCUGACCUCCUCAUUUGUACAGAUAAGGAAACUAAAGGCCCACUGGCUUAUCCCAGAUCACUAAAGUAAAAAAGUAGUUUGUAAUAAGUAAUACCUAGGAUUUGAACCCAGCUACUCCAAUUCCAAAUCCCGUGCCCUUUCUUCGUCACCACUGGUUGCCAUAGAUUACAUUUGCUAAAUAUUUUUUGACUAUUUGCAUUAUUUUAAAAUCAUGGCACAUUAUAGGCAAUCCUUAAUAUAUUUGAAAAAACACUUGGAAUAAGAAGAUACUGUGUUCCUUUUGUAUCUAGUUGUAUGACCACGUUACUUAACCUGUUUGAGCCUUAGUUUUCUCAUCUGUAAAAUGGAGUAAUACCUGUAGUACUUAGCUUAUGGGAUUAUUAUGAGGCCCAUGACCUAAUGUGUAUAUGUGUAUGUGUGUGUAUACAUAUGUACGUAUGUAUGUAUGUAUGUAUAGUGCUUUGCAAACUCUAAAGUUCUAUAUAAAGUUAGAUGCCUUUACUAUUAUAUUACCUCACUACUAUUACAUUAUGUUACUCAUUACUAUUAUAUUACCGCAUAACCAGGCUUAAGCAACAUCUGAAAUUGCCUCUGUCAUGUUUCGUACCUUUUUUUUCUCUCAGACUUGCCUAAUGAUCUUUUAGGAAGUAAAAAUAGUUUGGAAAUGAAGAUUAACUGUAUCUUUAGACUUGUGAUCUACAGAGUUUUUGAUCAUAUACCUCUAUCAGUAAAUUAGUUUUGAAUGUA